AUGUCCGAGUCAUGGAUGGGACUACACGGCAAUGCGACGUGGUCGCUCGCUCGUGGACAUUCUGUACAUGUCAGAAGCGGAAACUACGCGGCGCGGCAAUCGUUCCUCGAUGCCGAGAUCCUGAUACGUACCGAGAGUGGUGGCUAUCGCAUCAGCAUAUCGGAGCUCGAGCUGCUCUUCGGUGCGCAUGCUGUGGUCAUGGAAGGACCUCUUCCUGGCGAGUACUGCCCGAAAGUCUACCGUGGAGCCACAUGCAAGAGCAAACGUGUGUGCACAUGCGGCACCUUUGUCCAGCGGGCCGAAUGCCCGCACGUGUAUUUCGUUGCAGGCUUGCAGGGUGAGAUGGACCUCGGUCACUUUCCUGAGAAGCGGAAGCAAGGGCACCCCGACCAGGAUCCCUCUUUGCUGGGUUUGAAGCCUUUCCAGGCUGCAUUAGCUAGGAACAUGAAUGUAUCCGUGGCCAGUCUGGAUAAAGUCCUCUCACCCUGCCCACCCUGGGGAGAGCUAGCGGCACUGCAUGAAAACAUGGAUGUCAAUGUGGAUGCCUGGCUCGCGGGGACUGACAAUCCUUGUGAAACCUGGACCCAUGCGCUGGAGGAAGAUGCUCGACGCGUGAUGCACGAUGAAUCUCAAGGUGAAGUCUGUGCCAGGGAGACCAUUGCGACAGAGCUUGCCGAGCAGGUCAAAGCCUCUGCCCUCAUAGCAGAAGCGACGACGGCGCCUCGCACGCAACUCGAGCUUGUGGCUGGACUGAUCAGGUUCAGCAGGAUAGUGGCGCGUGUGAAGCCGGAUGUCUUACAGCUUGUGGUUGAGUGCUGGAGACUGUGGCUGGAGUUUGUCGUCUGGUGUGGCGAGGGUGGGGUCCAGAGGCAUUGCAGAGCGCUGGUCCUCCAGGAGCAGGUCCCAGGGGCCAAGGCAGCCUGGAACUCGGCAGCCGAGAGCUCAGCUGGGUUCUCAUCUUCGGUCCUUCUGGAUUGGAAGGCGUUGGCCCGCAUCGAGGGGGUUGUGACCGAGAUCCAGCGUGAGCUGAACGAGGUCAAGGUUCUGUCGGAUAGUUUUGAGGAGCCCGGGACGCAGUCCACUCUGCUGGCUCCCACUCUGGCACAUGUGGGCGUCGGUGAGCUCAUGCAUGUGGCAGGGGGCAUAAGCCCUGUGGGGAGUCGCACGAAAGUACUUGGAUCACACGUGAGUGGGCAUGGAGCUACGCUUCUUCACCCGCUUCAACCAGCGGGGAGCGUAAGUCCAGCCUACCUUUACCCGGCAGGGACACCACGUCAGACACACAGUUGGCACAGGGAACUCGAAGAGCGCAAGUGGCGGGCAAACGCAGAGCACAUCCUGAUGAUUGAGUCAAGCUGGGCGCAGCGUGCCAAGGAAGCAGAAGAAGCUGCAUCCCGCUCAGAUGAGCGAGCACGAGUGGCGGAGGAAGCCCACGGCCGCUUGCUGCGCGAGAAAGCCGAGAUGGCUGAUGCAGCCCAAGCGCGUGCAAGGCAGUUGGCUGAUGAGCAAGAGAAGUACACUUCCCUCGAAGCUCGUGAGACAAGCUUGCAGGCAACUCUGUCAGCCCUGGAAGAGCGCGCAGCGAGCGCGGACAAACUCGCAGCCGAACAUCGAGCCGAGCAGGCUGCAGUGGCCGACGAACUCGACAUGGUUAGUGGGCGCUUCGAAGAGCAGCUGCAGCACAGCAUGGAGCUCAAGAAGGAGCUCUCAAGGAGCCGUGCUGAAACUCUUUGUGUGAGGACGAUCUGA